UUAUUGGGAGUUGGCUCCUUCCGUAUGAUUACCCAAUAAAGUGAGAAUUCUUUCUUCAAAAAAACAAAGCUUUCAGCCCUAAACGUGCUAAAAGCAAAGAACCACAGCACCUCAAAUGUAGGGGAUAAGAGAAGGAAAUGAACACCAUGGGAAAGCUUUUAAUCCUUGUCGCAGGUUCAUUCUGCCUUUACUUCCUCCGAGCUCUGCUCAAGGUCUUCUACAAGUACUUGUGGAUCCCCCACCGGAUACAGAAUAUACUGAGGUCACAGGGAAUUAAAGGACCACCGUAUGAGUUUAUCCAUGGAAACAACAAAGCAGUUAUCGAAAUUGAAAGGGAAGCAUCAAGCAAACCUAUGGCCUUGACGCAUGAUAUAUUUCCCAGAGUGCUGCCUCAUACUUACUCCUGGAUCAACGCAUAUGGGAAAAUUCAUCUUAGUUGGAAUGGAGUUCAAGCUCUGCUUGUAAUUACAGAACCAGAUCUCAUCAAAGAGGUGCUGAAAAAUAGUGAAAAAGCUUUUCUAAAGGGGAAAGUUACAUAUUUCGUUAGCAAGAUACUGGGGGACGGGCUUGCUACGACCGAAAGAGAAAAAUGGGCAAGGCAUAGGAAAUUGGCCAAUUAUGCUUUUCAUGGGGAGAGCUUGAAAAACAUGACUCCAGCAGUAAUUGCUAGCGUUGAAACAAUGCUACAGAAGUGGAAAGGCCGGGAAGGGAAGGAGAUCGAAGUGUUCCAGGAAUUUAGAUUAUUGACUUCAGAAGUGAUAUCCAGAACAGCUUUUGGUAGCAGUUACCUGGAGGGCGAGAAGAUUUUUGAGACGUUGAUGAAGUUGUCAGAAAUCGCGAUCAGAAAUCUUUAUAAAGCCAGGAUACCUGGCAUCAGCUACGUCUGGAAACAUGCUGAUGAAAUUGAAUCGGAGAAACUUGCGAAAGAAAUACAUGAUUCUGUGCUGAAGAUUGUUAAAAAAAGAGAAGAGAAAGUAGUGGCUGGAGAAGCUGAGAGCUUUGGCAGUGAUUUUCUGGGAUUACUUCUAAAUGCCCAUCAUGACUUGGACGAGAAAAACAGGCUCUUCGUAGAAGAUUUGGUUGAUGAGUGUAAAACAUUCUACUUUACUGGACAAGAAACAACUAAUUCCUUGCUCGCAUGGACAGUCCUGCUUUUGGCAAUCCAUACAGAUUGGCAAGAGAAAGCAAGAAGAGAAAUGAUUGAGGAAUUUGGUAAUCAAGAUCCACAUCCUGAAGGGAUUGCCAAACUAAAAACUAUGACCAUGAUCAUCAAUGAAACUUUACGGUUGUAUCCUCCUUUAAAUCGCAUCGUAAGGAGAGUUGGACGAGAAGUUCAAUUGGGAAAGCUCAUCCUGCCAGCUGAUUUACAUUUGGUUGUCCCAAUCAUGGCACUUCACCAUGACCCUCAGUUAUGGGGAGAUGAUGUCAAUCUAUUCAAACCUGAGAGAUUCGCAGAAGGGAUCGCGAAUGCCACCAAACAUAAUGCAGCUGCAUAUGUUCCCUUUGGAUUGGGACCUCGAUCUUGUGUCGGUAUGAGCUUUGCAAUUACAGAAACAAAGAUUGCUCUUUCCAUGAUUCUACAGCGAUACACCAUUUCCCUUUGCCCAGCCUACAGCCACUCACCAUAUUACCUUCCUUUGCUUCAGCCACAACAUGGAAUUCAGGUAAUACUUCAUUCUCUGUAGAAUGAAGCCUAGAGUUGUCAAUGGAAUAAUGCCUUGUAGAUCAGUUGCUUACAGAGGCCGCAGCCAGUAACUCACCCCAGUCAGUGAUGUUGAUUAAUUUGUCCUUGUUUCUAUCCAUGUAAUAGUAAAUGAUGAUAUUGGAACAAAAUGUUUAAGCAAUCAAGUAUGAAGAUGGUGCUCCUCUGAGUACUAUUUCCUCUUA